AGCCCCACAUCCUGCCCCAUGGCCGAGCCCAGCUCCGAGUGCAGCAUCAAGGUCCUGUGCCGGUUCCGGCCCCUGAGCCCUGCAGAGAUCCUGAGGGGGGAUCAGUUCCUGCCCCUGUUCCAGGGCGAUGACAGCGUCGUCAUGGGGGGUAAGACCUAUGUCUUCGAUCGCGUCUUCCCCCCGAACACGACCCAGGAGCAGGUUUACUGCGCAUGCGCAAUGCAGAUCGUCAAGGAUGUGCUGUCCGGGUACAAUGGAACCAUCUUCGCCUAUGGGCAAACGUCCUCGGGCAAGACCCACACCAUGGAGGGGAAGCUCCAUGACCCUCAGGGCAUGGGAAUCAUCCCUCGCAUUGCCAGAGACAUCUUCAACCACAUCUAUGCCAUGGAGGAGAACCUGGAGUUCCACAUCAAGGUUUCUUACUUUGAGAUUUACCUGGAUAAGAUCCGAGACCUGCUGGACAUGUCCAAGACCAACCUGUCAGUGCACGAGGACAAGAACCGAGUUCCCUAUGUCAAAGGCUGCACUGAGCGAUUCGUGUCCAGCCCCGAAGAGAUGAUGGAUGUGAUUGAUGAGGGGAAAUCCAAUCGACAUGUGGCUGUUACCAACAUGAACGAUCACAGCUCUCGCAGUCACAGCAUCUUCCUCAUCCACAUCAAACAGGAGAAUGUUGACACUGAGCAGAAGCUGAGCGGGAAACUCUACCUGGUGGAUCUGGCCGGGAGUGAGAAGGUCAGCAAGACAGGGGCCGAGGGAGCAGUUCUGGAUGAGGCCAAGAACAUCAAUAAGUCUCUAUCAGCUCUGGGGAAUGUGAUAUCUGCACUGGCAGAGGGAACGAAGGUCUAUGUUCCCUACCGCGACAGCCGCAUGACCAGGAUCCUGCAGGACUCUCUGGGCGGUAACUGUAGGACCACGAUGAUCAUUUGUUGUUCACCCUCCAGCUACAAUGAACCCGAGACCAGAUCCACGCUCCUGUUCGGACAGAGGGCCAAGCGCGUCCGGAACUCGGCCUCAGUGAACGUGGAGCUCACAGCUGACCAAUGGAAACGGAAGUUCCUGCGGGAGAGAGACAGGAACGAGGCUCUGAGGGCGGAGCUAGAGCGGAUGGGGGCGGAGCUGAGGAGGCUGAGAGGAGAGGCUGAACCGGAGCCGGAGCCGCUCAGUGGGGCUGAGGCCGCAGUGGGGCAGAGCCCAACCCCCGACCCCUGCCCCAUAGAUCCCUGCCCCAUAGAUCCCUGCCCCAUAGAUCCCUGCCCCAUAGACACCAAUGGCUCCAUCGUCAUCCACAUCUCGGACGAGGAGAGGCACAAAUAUGAGGAGCAGAUUCGGAGGCUCUAUAAGCAGCUGGAUGACAAGGACGAGGAGAUCAAUCAGCAGAGUCAGGUGAUGGAGAAGCUCAAGCAGCAGAUGAUGGAGCAGGAGGAGGUGUUGGUGUCGCUGCGCUCAGAACACUGUGCGUCGAGGUCAGAGGUCGCGGAGGUGUUGUCAGCACUGGAGGAGUUGGCUCGAGGCUACGACCGGAAAGCUCAGGAGGCCGAAGACUGUUCGAGGCACAACCGGAGGCUGAGCGAGGAGCUGGCGCGGAGCGAGGAGCUGUCGCUGUCGCUACAGUCGGAGCUGCAGCGGGUGUUGGACCUCGGGGCUCAGCAGCGCUCGCGGGUGACCGAGGUCCUCAAUGAGCUCCUGAGGGACCUGAGCGAGUUCAGCCUCAUACUGGGCAAUGGGGACAUCCAACUGCCGGUGCAGGUGACAGACACCACCGAGGACGACUGUUCCGCGGUUCGGUUGUACAUCAGUAGGAUCAAGUCGGAGGUGAAGUCUGUGGUGAAGAGAUGCCAACAGCUGGAGAACCAACAGGCGGAAAACAGCCGGAAGCAGGAGGUGACAGCGCGUGAGCUCUGCUCCUGUCAGCUGCUGAUCGCACAGCACGAGGCCAAGAUCCGCUCUCUGACCGAGUACACUCAGACUGUGGAGCUCAAGCGCCAGGGCCUGGAGGACACCAACGAUGCCAUGAGCGCGGAGCUGGAGCGGCUGCGGGCGCGGGAUGCAGCAGAGGGAGGAGCCCAAGAGCAGGAUGGGAACCAGGACAUGGAGGAGGUGAAGGUCCAUCACUCUCAGCUCUGUCGCCUCCGGGAUGAGCUCAACGAGAAGCAGAAAACCAUUGAUGAGCUGAGGGAUCUGACUCAGCAGCUGCAGUUGGAGCUUCAGCAGCUCCGGAUGGAGCAGGAAGAGCUUCGGGGCCGAGAGCAGAGCAGGGCCAGGAGGCUGCAGGAGCUCACGUUCCUCCAUGAGCGCCAUGAACAGUCCAAGCAGGACCUCAAAGGGCUGGAGGAGACUGUGGCUCGUGAACUCCAGACCCUCCACAACCUGCGCAAACUGUUCGUUCAAGACGUCACAACUCGAGUCAAGAAAAGCGCAGAGCUGGAGCCCGAGGACAGUGGGGGGUUACACUCCCAGAAGCAGAAGAUUUCCUUUCUUGAGAACAACCUGGAGCAGCUUACAAAGGUUCACAAACAGCUGGCACGUGACAAUGCAGACCUGCGCCUGGAGCUGCCGCGGCUGGAGCGGCGCCUGCGCACUACGGCUGGGCGCGUGCACGCGCUGGAGGGCGCGCUGAGGGACGCCAAGGAGGGCGCGCGCCUGGAGCGCCGGCGUCACGUGAUCGAGGUGGAGCGCGCGCGGAGGGGGGCGGGGCGGAGAGCGGCCACCGCCCUCAUCGCCAAACCCGUGCGCCCGGGUCAGGGUCAGGGGUCAGCAGUGUCACCCACCGGGGUCAGCAGUGGGGGAGGGGCCAUGACCGGAGCCCGGAGCCGCCCCAUGGACCAAUUCCAGCAGCUCCAUGUGGAUAAUGGUAACGUGACCGACAUCAAUGACAAUCGGAGUGACCUCUCCUGUGCCUAUGAGGCUGAGGAACAGCCGCUGCUCCUCCCCCUGCGCCAGGAGACGGCAGCCUCAUAGGGACCCACAGGUCCAUCCGGACGCGCCUGCGCUCAUCGCAUGACCCCGUCUGCUCGCGCCCCUCCCCCCACGAGGAGGGGGAGGGGCCACCCCAGCCCAGGCCACGCCCCCUCCACGUGGCCACGCCCCCCCCGGGGCUGGGGGUGCUGCUUGGAGAUGCCUUAACCUGCACCUAUGGGGGGGGUCAGAGGUCACCCCUCCCCCCACGCACCUAUGGGGG